UCUUGGCAAUAUGUCCAUGUUGCUGCAGCAUCGCGUGAAGAAGCUCCUGUCCAACUCGUCCGAGCUCACGCAGGCCAAGGCAUUGCUGGACUCGCUCCCGGACCUCCUUCCCAAGGACGCUGCGUCCCUGUCGUCGAUGGAGCUACGAGCCUCCCUCAAAUCCAGCCUUGACGUGGCCAGUCUGGACGCGGCGGACGCGGUGUUGCGGGAGACGGAGGGUCUGUUGUCCUCCAUGGACGCGUUGAAGAAACAAGCAGACAUCAUGGACCGCAAGUGUCGUCACGUGAUGGCAUUCCUCGACUCCACCGAGCGCACUUCCACGCAGUUCGUGGCCCAGGCCGCCGCCCUUCGAGCCGAGCAAGACGCGAUUCAACUGGAGCUCGAUUCGACCAAGGACUUUCUGCAAAAGCACCAAGUGUCGCUCGACGAUCUCCAACUUCUCGAACAGGCGGCGCCGUUGACCGAGUCCCACGGCACCGCCAUGACGUCGUACUUUCAGCUCCUCCAUCGCUUGCAAACGAUUCGGUCCAACUGCGAGCAUCUAGUGGCAACCAACCCCGCCGCGAGCAGCUUGGAGUACCUCGAGGACAUCUGCAAGGCCCAGGCACUAGCGUUUGAGAAGCUCUACGCGUGGGCGAGUGUCCUGUGCAAUGCCGCGGACGCUCCAGAUGAUCACCUGUCGGACCUGCAGGAUGACUCGACUGAUGACGUGGCGCGACUCCUGCCUCAGGCCCUUCGGUUUCUGCGAGGCCACGCUGCGUAUUACACAUAUUGUGUGGACGCCCUUGCCCAGACCCGCCGGACGGGCACAUUGCGCAAGUUUGUGCAUGCGCUGACUGUGGGCAUCCCCCGCCCCAUCGAAAUCCACGCCCACGAUCCGGUUCGGUACGCGGCCGAGAUGCUCGCGUGGGUGCAUCAGACGCUUGUUGGGGACACGGAAUUCUUUGCUAGACUCUUGGACAGCGAUCACGUCCGCGAUGCCCUCAGCAGUGCGAGCGCUGGGCUCAGUCGACCCCUUCAGGUGCGGCUGCACCAAGUGAUUCAAGGCCCAACCACGAAUCUAGUCCAAGUGUACUCUGUGGUGCAUGUCCUUGCGUACUAUGAUUCGGUUCUGUCGGCGCUGCUUUCUGUCCAAUCAGAGCUUGCCACGUGUAUACGCGAAACCCACAGCUUGGCGGAAGCUCAGUUUGCCACGUUGUGGCAAGUGCAGUUGGAUCAAUACCGUGCAGCUUGGACGGACAAUAUGGACUUUGGUUUGGGCGUGGCCCAUCCAACGUUGGAGUUGACGCACAAGCUGGGCCACUUGAUCGACAGCUACGUGAAUGCUCUAUUACCCCACGGCAUCGACGCCGCGGAAUUGGCCAAGGUGCUCGACCCGUUGGUGCAGACCGUGCUAUUGCCGUUGGAUGCUUCGGCGGCUACGAUCGAGCGAAAUGUGUUUGCAAUCAACCAAUUGGCGUGUGUCCAUACCACUCUGGGCCGCCUGGAAGCGACAAAGGUAUGGCACGACAAGGUGCAUGCGGCCCUAAUAUUGGUGGUGGAGUCGGUGGCGAAAGCUCAGGCUGACGGACUCGUCCAACGAAGUGGCAUGUCGUCGGUGUGGUUGGCUUCACAGCAGCAUGCUGACGAUGUCGCAGCACCAAACGAUCAUACCGAGUCGUUUCAGGCUGGGUUGGAACCCGACGUCGUCCGCGUGAGUGUGCACCGCUUCUGCACCCACGUCAUGGCGCUGCAUGUGCCUGUGCUGGAUCGCAUCGGCGCGCCCGAGUGGCGCCGCGCGGCCGCGUCCCGCACGGCCGACUUGCUCUACGGGGCAUAUGAUGCUGUUUAUGCGUUUGUGACCAAUCAUCGGCCUCCGUACCCCCCGAGUACACUAGUGCACACUCCGCAAGAAAUCCGCACGAUUUUGGACAUUUAGACAUGUGAUAUUGUUGUGUUUUUUCUAAACUGGACCGACAUGAAGAAAAUGAAUCGACACAACACCAAAUGUACAAGAGCCGGCAGAAGAAUGGAGCCAAUCCGAUUGCAGGAAACCACCUUCAUGAACGUCGAAUUAGUGUGG